AUGUCGAGCAAUCGCAUGUUUGCCGAUGUGCCAACGUAUCGCCGUGGGUACGUCUCGCCUUCUGGUGUGAAGGUGUUGUACAGCAAAGACUGGGCGAAGCACCAUCCACUCGAGGGCGACGGGCUGAGGCCACAACUUUACCUUCAUUUGUGGAAGAAGAAUAAAGGCAGUGAGAGCCGCCUGAAGAAUGUGCGCUUACCCGACACGGUGGUGUACGAACACAAUUUCCCGCGAGCAUGGUACACAUACGACGCCGAAGCGCGUGAGAUUAACAAACAUCCGGGAAAGAUGCUGGACGCCCAAUCCAUCUACCAACAUUUCAGCCGGCCCACAGCAGGGUAUGAGAUUGUGGCACAAUUCCUCACCACUUGCCCUGUGGACGACCCAGAAUCCCUCACACCAAAUGGAGAACUGAUCUCUUACUCGGAAAUCUUCACUGCCGAGACGCUCCGUGAAUUUCUCUUUAAUAAAUCACGAAAGCCCGACGGCAUCCUGCAGAAGUUUGUGCCUCCAAAGGGCGAGACGACGAUGCGGCGCAACGCGCAGCUACAGGUAUCUUGGUCACCACUCAUGGCGGUAGUGUACAAACGAACAAACAAGUACAGACUAGACGAUCAUCGCGUGCCCGUUCAUAUGCGCGCUGCAACUUUUGACGGCGAUAAUCACCUGAGUGAACUAUCCCUUGUUGCCGACGAAACAAAGGGUCGUUUAGACCUCCUUUGUCGGGAGGUGGUUGACCAUGUGUAUUUUACUGACCGCAAGUUGAUCACCCGAAUGGUAUUGCAUUUCCGUAUAGAUGAUGAUAACCGACCGUGGUUACUCUGGUGCAGCUCCCUGCGUGUGUCUGGUGAUAGCUUAAAUCCACGUACCGUCCGCAUUCCAGUCACACUCACCAUGCGCGUGGAGAUGCUGAACAAUGGUUCCUCUACAAAAGAUCGGAUAAAGAAACGGCAGGAUCGGCAGAGGCAUCUGCUCAUUAUGGAUACAGAGCUGUACGAGCUUUCGCGUGACAAUGAUCUUGGCCAUCAAUGUAACGCCUCGCACGUGCGCGAGGCCAAGCGCCUUGGGCUUUCACCAAAGAAAUUACCCAAGACAGGAAACAACCUUAAGGUUCCGUUGAGACAUCCCCUCAGGCCCGCAAUGACCUACUUCGCAGACACACUACUGGAGGAUGCUUUGAGGAACCUGGAAAUAAACUCCGGCCUCCCGUCCCCGACACUCGCUCAGCAGGAGCUUGAUGCCAUGGCACAGAAACAUGCGGGCGCCUCACUGGAAGAUAAACCGGAGGAUCGUGUCAAGAAUGAAUUAACUGCAAUGGCCCUUGACGCGUGGUAUCAGGUGUAUUCCUCCACACUCUCUGAGAGACCACAUGAGAUGCCAACACAACUGGUGGAACUAUCGGAUCCACUUAUGGUUGUUCUGAAACCGGAAGAGUUCAGGAACCUUCUUGAUAUUCUCGGACUGGAGCCCACCGCCAAAGCUUCUGCCGCUCCUGUUUCAGGUGAAGGUGGUGCAGAAACUGGGCAGGCAGGUGGUGAUCCCCCAACGAACACGUUUCGUGUUAAACUGGGGCUACUUCGCCCUGGUAAGAGACUUGACAGACCGCUUAGCAACGCAGAGCGCGAUGUGAGAAAUUUUUUUGAUGAUAUUUUCUCCGAACGGGGUGAGGAGAUCGUGCAGAGGUGCCUCUCUGAAGAGAAAUGGAUUUGGUGA